AUGGAUGUUAAUGUGAGAAUAAGUACCCAAAAUGAAGUCGAAAAUGACUCAACUUCAAAAGGAUUUACUUUGCAACUCUGGUAUAAUAAAACGACUUUCGAAAUAACAUUUACCUAUGUGAUUUUUACUAUUGCUUUCUUUGGAUGCAUGGGAAACCUUGCCACAAAAGUUAAAAUCGUAUACGAUCCGAAAUACCACACACCGACAUUUGCUGCUAUCGGACAGUUGGCUUUGGCAGAUUUUCUAUCAGUCACAAUGCAAACUUUUGACAAUAUGACAAACAGUUUCGGAAUUAGGUCGAAGACUCUAAUAAACACGACUGCAGUGAGUUCUUUUUCUCAUUUGUGUUUACUGACCAUUGUCAGAUAUUUAAUCACUGUUCACCCCCUACAAAGCAGACAACAUCUAACUGUAACAGCGGUGUGUUUGUGUUCACUCACAAUAUGGAUAUAUAGCAGUGUUUUUGUAGCUAUUACAAAUUAUACUGCAGAUACAAUAUGUUGGAUAUAUAGACAGACACUUUAUCUCAUCGUCAAUUUUUUCAUAUUGUUAAUAGUCUGUUCUAUAAUGACCCUUUUGCAUGUUAAAAAGAUAAGAACAUUACAGAAUUCUUUGUCUGUAACCGAGCAAUCACAAAGACGAAUGAAUAUUGUUGUCACUGUGAUCAUAAGUGUAUUUGUAUUUUAUCGAUUGUCUUUGAUCGCAAUCAAAAUAAUAUAUUUUUUUCAGUUUUCAGCUGAACUAUAUUAUCAUGUGCGCAACUUAGAAUAUUUUUACAUUUUCAUGACAUGUAUAAACUUUUCUUGUAAUCCUUAUAUAUUAUUUUUUUCACAAUUCGUUUAG